AUGGGGUCUCGAUCAGGGGCAAGACAGGACAGGUUCGACAGCAAUUCAAGUGCGAAUACGUCGAAAAAGCCUAGACCUAGAACUUCGCAAGCUGGUCACCCCGGUCCACCUUCGUAUCAACAGGCUAUAAAACAAAACGAUAGGUUUGAUGCAAGAUAUUUAGCUGAGGGAAGCACUCACUCAGUUCACGGCCCGCCUUGCAGCCAUUGGGCAGAUUGCAAUUGCGAAGCGACCGGUAACUUUAGAAAAUGUUGUUCAUGCAUGGACACACGUUCUGUGACAAAGUCCGGGCUUUACACAGCAUACGUUGAUGGCGAAGGUUAUGUUGAGAAGGCUACGAGAUGGCAAUACUAUUGUCCUAGCUGUAAGGAAUAUUUUGAUCCAGACGCCAAGGCGAAGGUCCUACGAGAUCAAAAGUUAUGGGCAGAAAAGCGCGCCCGGUCUUUAGCUGAGGAGCGGGAUCGAGCGUUUUUCGGCCUCGGACGAUAUUUUCUCAGAUAA